AUGGCCGAUCAACAAGGGUUAAAUUUUGAACCUGAAUCAAAACGUCCAAGAAUAUCCCUGGAGUCAACUAGUACAGUGAAUCAAAGUGCGAAUGAGGAAUUGAAGACUAAGCAGACUCAAUGUGAGAGUAGAGAAAAAUUAAAUCCCGAAAAAAGUGCAUGGUUGACUUGCCCUGUUCAACACGUCAGUGAACACGUGCAAAAUGAUAAACUUAACAAAACAGAGGAAAUCUUCGAUGGGGACGAGAAGAAACCAAGUCAGGUUUCUGCUAAAACAAAACCUGGGAGUUUGAAAUAUGUGAGUGUAUCUGAAAAGGAUGUUGGAAUUCUAGAAUUUGUCAGCAGUUUACCGGGCUUCCAUGGUGUUCUCAAGCAAAGAUACGCUGAUUUUAUUGUGAGCGAGCGAGAUCUUAAAGGGAAUCUUGUGCGUUUGACAGAUGUGUCGGUUCCUCAAAAUGAGAAGAGCAAAGAAUUUGAUCUUGAUAUUUUGAGCGAAGAGGAUAAAGACAAAAUCAAGAAGGUUGCCGAUGAUGAGGAAAAGAAAAUGUCAGUGACAUUAUCACCUGAUGAUGACAAAGAUCACAGGAGAUUGGUUCAUCGUGCAAUCAGGGAAAACUUCUCAGCUUUAGGUAUCUAUAUAAAAUAUUGCAAUAAUUUAUACAUUUUCUUUUCUUUCCUUCUCCUUGAUUUUUUUUCUUUUUUUCCCUCAGAGAGAAGGGUGGGGUGGGGGUGGGGGUGAGGUUGGUAAGGGUGAGGUAACCUGCAGGUACAGGCUUUACAUUGUACAAAAAUGGCAGGACCUCUGCUUGCAGGAUUUGUAAAGGCAAAUAAGGAUUGGCCUUUGUUGUGGUUCAGUUUUAUCCUGGGUGAAAAUUUUAUUUUGCUUUAUUUUGGAGUAUGGUAAGGUAUGUUGAUCAGGUUGAAACAAAGAAAAAAAAUUAAACCAAGGACAAAAUUGAACCACAACAGCCUUUUUUAUCUAUCUUGCUCCCCUCCCAGGGUCAUCUCUUUCCCCUUCUCAGAGUGAGCAAGGAGGGGCAGAGGAGAGGUCAUGAAGACAAGGUUGCUUUUUGCUAACAUGUCCCCAGCUUUCCUUUCUACACUUAACUGCACUUUUCAAAGACACAUGAAUUCUGAAGUUUAAAAGCCAGCUGAUGUUUGUGUUCCUCGCUGCCGUCAAUCAUCUUAGUGGACCCCUUAGAAAUCAGAAGUUUACUUCAAUGGGUUCAAAAUUGAUUUGUGAUUGGUGGAUUUUGAUCCGUUUUGUGUGUUUCUGUGUUUCAAGGUUCAUUGCUCAUGAUCGUAAUUAUGAUUGACCGCAGCAAAAAAUGAAAUUGUGAAGGCGGCUUUUGAAAUGCAGAAUUCAUGUGUUUUUGAAAAGCCCAGUAAGCUGACCUUUCUCAAUUGUACACUAUUUUUCUUGCUCUGCUAAUUAUGCUUUCUUUACCCAUUCAUUUUCCUUCUCCUCCUAAUAAUAUUGAUUGAAGUCCCUUUCCUAUAUUCAGGGCCGGGUUGUUCGAAGCUGGGUUAAGAUAACCCAGGGUUAGUGCAAAUUUUGAACUCAGAUAUGAGAGCUUAAAAAGCCAAUUCAGUUGAAUUCUCUUUGCCUACAAUUUGAUGAUUGGAUAUGCUAAAAAAAUAGAGAAAAUUAUCUGAGAUAGUGCUUUUGAUAAAAAGAAAAAGAAACCCAGGUUAAAAUUUAACCCCAGGUUAGCGCUAAUCGGCGUUCAAACAACUGGGCCCAGAUGUGUAACUUCCAUAAUCAUGUGCAAAAAAUGGAAAGGGAAAUGGAAGGGAAAAUUAGUGCAGUUGAAUCCUGAUUUUUUUUAACCUCUCCGGGAGAGGGAAAUUAGCCAAAUUACUGGAGGGUUUGAAAAAUCUGGGACUUUGUGUGACUUGGAAAGGGAAGAAGGUUUUGAUUGAAAUUAUGGGGCAUUAAAAAACUGAGGGUUUAGAAAUAGGCCAGGGUUCCUUUGUUAGUAUUUGAGUGAAAUACCCCAACAAAAAUCAGUUUGUUAUUGGUUAGUAUAUUUAAACUGCAUGCUGCUGGUGAUGAGAAAAAUAAUAAUUAAUUUUUGUUUGGGUAUUACAUGUAGUCCUAGACAGGUCUUUUGAUGUUUUUUCAUAAAGGCCCACUGGUUUUAUGUUAUGUCAUGUGAACGCUAUUUUUCAGUCAAUUUUUCAGAAAUUUCUUUAUAGGUCCACCCAGAAUUUGUUUACGUGCUAAAGUACGUAAUUUAGUUUUCAUCAUUUGUUCAUUGCUUGUAGGAAUUGAUUGUGACUGAUGAAUCAAAAGUUGAAUUAUGAAAGCUACAUUUUCUUGAAUGAAAAACAAGGUCUUUUGUCCUCAAUUGAGCCCCCAGAAAGCUGAAAAUCGCAUUUUAGGGCAAAAUUUUCUGGGGAACCAUGUCACUCCCCAGACACCCCCCUCCCCUUAGAAAAACGGGACUAAUGGCCCAUUGUUGAUACAGCCGGUUACUCUAUUCAAACCUGCUGGCUACUUCACUUUUUAUUGAAAGCACCUGCUGGUAUACAAUAAUUAUAAUGUACUUUGAUUUGGUCUUAACAUUAAAGAAUUCCUGUAGUUCACUUUAUUUUAUUGAGGCAUUCAUCUUUAUAUUUAACAUACAUGUAUACAUUUUUCCAGCCUAUAGUCACAGCAAGCAACAAUAAUAUUUCCUUGAGUUACAGUUUUAGAAUCAACACUUAUCAUAAGAAUUCUUUUGUCUAUUCUAGACAGUGACACAGUUGAUGUUGGUAGCCAAAAAGCGGUUAGAGUUUUCCAUAAACAAGACUCUACUGGCAAUCGAAGAGGCACAAGGUGGCCAUCAGAGCUUGAGAAUUAUUGUUGGUUUGUCCUUUAUAAGGAAAACAAAGACGCUAUGGAUGCUAUCAACCUGUUGAGCAAACUCCUGAAGCUCAAAUCAGGCAUGUUUGGUUAUGCUGGAACAAAAGAUCGUAGGGCUAUCACCACUCAGUGGGUCUCUGUCUACAGGGUCAGGGCUGAACAGUUACAGAAUCUUAACAGCACCCUAAGGAAUUUGUGUGUUGGGAACUUUAGAUAUUGUAAAGAGCCUCUAAAACUUGGUUCUCUGUCAGGAAAUCAGUUUAUUGUCACACUUCGCAAUGUUACUGGAGAUCAUAGUACCAUUGAGGAGAGUUUGGAGUCAUUAAAGGUCAAUGGUUUUAUCACCUACUUUGGUCUGCAGCGGUUUGGAACCACAUCAGUUCCAACACAUAAAAUAGGUAACUACUAUGUUGUUGUUGUUUUUUUCUUCUGCUUUUUUUUAAUGUCCUUUCACACAGCCACAAGGAGCAACCUCAUUGAUACGUAUAUGUGAGAUAAUGUCUGUAAUGUAUGCAAAUUCUAUUUGAGACAACAACCACCUUGUACCCUAACCCCCAUUAUCAUGUCAUUAACACCCCCCCCCCCCCUUCCCCCACCCUGGGCGAGAAAGAAGGCUAAAAAGCCUUAAUUGUUUGGGGAAGAAGCAUGAGUAUAUUUUCUUAUUCUUCAGUUGGUUUGUCACCUUGUUUGUAACCUUGUAGCCACAUGGCAACUGGACAGUCAUGUUGGUGGUCAAUGAAAUUAUUUUUUACAAAUAAUUUACAUGAAAAAUUAAUGGAGUUAAGUUUGUUCAUGACCACUAACAUGGCUGCCGUGAUGUCAUUUGCAAACCAGCAAUACUUUGCCCUAUGCACUUGCACACUGUCACAUAACCUUGAGACAAUAAAUUGACCAUGAGAGAACAAGUUAAUACUAAUAAAAUAAUCCUCUCAAAAUGGGUUCUGUUUGUGCCCUCAUGCCAUAUUGCAUUGAAUCUGUUCCCAUGUGACUGUGGCACAACAGUGCUCCUGAGAAAGACGUUAUUAAGUUAGUAACACAUGCCACAGGUGGUUUGGUAGAAAUAGUGACAGAGUACUUCCAUUAGGAAUUGAACCUGUGACCUUCUGGUUACUAGUCGGGAUGCCAUCACUUUCCCAUCAUUGAACAUAAGCAGGAUGUUUGUUACAUGAACCUAGUUUAGUGACCUUACAAGUAGCUCUUACAAGUCCCCUGUUGCUUUUUGGUACAGCAUGUGGGCUACUAAACAAGAGGGUCAUAGGGAGUAUUUGGAUUUUUUUCUUUCAAGUAGCCUGUGCCACUGACUAAGAGCACAGUCAUAGCGAUAUUCCAGUGAUUUUGUUACCUGUACGUCCUUUACCAUUGACGUAUUAAAAUCCCCAAAGGCCCAAAACAAUUCAUGGCAUGCAUCCUGUAGGAUGCAAAGAUUGAUGGAUUGAUCUGAAAAUGUAUAUUAAUUAUUUUGUAGAAAUAUCUGACCGGCUUGUUGGCAUAAUGUUUGUUGCAGUUAUUAUGAAUGUUGGUUAAUGAUGCAUAUUUCUUUUAGCCUUUGUUGUGCUUUAAAAUAGAGGGACUAUAUUUUAAUUUCAGUGUACUGUAAUACAGAGUUUUGGAGUCUGUCUUCAGACUAACUGUCUGGUUACAUAAAGGUCCAAGCAUUUUAAUUUCAGACUGUUUUUUUUAAACUGGGACUCAUGAUUUUUCACAAGAUGAGUCCCAGGACUCACCAUAACUAUUUGUAACAAAAUCACUGAUAUUCUAAUCCUAGCUGUAUGCAGGAUGUUUGUCACAUGAACCUAGUUUAGUGGCCUUAGCUCCCACCAGUCUUCCGUGGCUCAGUGGUAGAGCAUCGGCACUAGUAACCAGACGGCCCUACUUGCAGGCUCGACUCCUGGUGGGCGUACUCGGAUGUUUUCUUCCAAGCCGCCUUGUUCAUUGACUGAAUAACAUCUUCCUCAUCUACUCACCAAGCUUAAAAUUCACCAUCACAUUUCUAUCAGUAGUUCUCCUGUUUUGAGGGAGGAGCUUACUUCACUUUCUAACCCAGUGUCGGAUCCAGACCUUGAGAUAAGGGGGGAGCAGUUUGGUCCAAAUUAAGGGUGGGGGGGUGCAGGCCCCUGGGCCCCUCCCCUGAAUCCGCCACUGUAACCAUAUAUGUUUUUAAUGCCACACUUCCAGGUCUUACAUUGCUUCUAAGCAAAUGGUCAGAAGCGAUUGAUCUCCUUCUUAAUCCACGUGAUGGGGAACCAGAUGACUUGAGAACAGCUCGUCAGCAUUGGAAGGACACGAAGAAUGCCAGAGAAACUCUGAAAAAGAUCCCCAGGGGGAAGUGUAUAGAGAGUGAUCUCUUACAAGGCCUAGUUAGACAUGGGCCAUCAGGACUGGUCAAUGCUUUACAGAGUAUCUCCAGGAACACAAGACUCAUGUAUGUUCAUGCCUAUCAGAGCUAUGUGUGGAACUCCAUGGCCUCUAAACGGAUUAAGGUAUUUCUGACGUUGUCUAUUAUUAUUUCAAGUGAUUCUUACUUGAUAGUAGUUUUAAUUCUUACUAGUAAAAGAUCGUGCAUGCUUUCAGUGAUAAUCCAAGGUGGGGUUACUGCAAGAGCAUAGCCAUUUAUUGCGGACUCUAGACAUUAAGCUAAUUAUUCAAAAAACACAAAUAGGCCGACCUACAUGUAAAAGUAGCCAAAGGUGAUACAGCGCGUAUGUUACUCUUUCUUUUAGUACAUACAAGUCAUGUAUGCGUAAAUAAUUGUUCUUGCAUGUUUAUCAUACGUAUGUCUGGAUAAAAGUCAGAAUUUGUUUUAAUGCCAGUUUAGAGAUUUUAACUGUAUGACGGAAUUUUUUUAAAAGCGUUAACUCGAAAAUAUUGAUCCGAUAAAGAGGUUUAAAGAGAUUUCCAAGUACACGUGUAUGGAAGGUAGUCGUAUCUCCUGCGCUCUGUCGAUACGAACGCACAACAUAUUUUCGUUUUUACAUCGUGCACGCGGACACAGAUGACGUAAAACAAAAGGGGAAGCGAAUUCCCAGAUCCACUCUGUGAUCCUCUUCCACAAUCCUGACCCUAACUCUAAACGUAAUCCUAACCCCUAACCCUAACCACUAACCCUAUCCCUAACCCUAACCCGAACCCUAAAACCUUUUUUUAAUUUGUAAGAAAGGCCACGUUUACUGCGGAAAGGAGUCUCAGAGUGGAUGUGGGAAUUCGCCCUGCGUUUACCAAACAAAAGACCUCUUUAUUUUGUGUAUUUUUCAAAUAUGGAAUAGCCACCUUGGCCGACGAUUUUGUGAUCUCUACUGAGCAGGAAAUUGUUAAUACCAAUAUUUGUUCAGCUAGCUCAAGACGUUCAGAUUGUUAAAACGUUGCAAAAGGCCAUUUUCAUGAUGACGUCAUUUUACUACUUCGACCAGAAUCCUUCAGAGGUUUGCUUUCUUGUGCAAAUUAGACCUUUUGCUAUUCAAACCUCGCUGAGAUUACCAAAUUUGAACAUGAAAGGAAACACGAAAAGGAUUCUGGUAGUAGUAGUAAAAUGAUGCCAUCAUGCAAAUGGCCAAAUGAAGCCGCACUUUACUAUCUGAACGCCUGGAGAAGGUUCAUAUUUGUUUACACUUUAUUAGGACUAUGGAUUACAACCUGUCAAAGGAGACCUUGUAGUGACAUCAAAGAAAUCAACUGAUUGUACAGUUAACAGUGGUGGGUAUCAGAAACUUUGUAUUAUUCAAUGUACUAGGGUUUGAAAAAAAAAUUAUCUCGUGGAUGAUCCCAUUUUUGUUCGACCUCUCUUUGAUUUGUUUUUCCUAUUUAAUGUUUUCUAUCAGUUCUCCCUAGAAAUCAGGGGCACCCAACAAGAAUAUAGUUCAAAACCACUUAAACAUAGGAUUGUUGAACGUAUUUUAGCAUUUAAACGGUAGAUAUAGGCAUAUUUUUAUCCCCUGAAAAUUUUUCAUCUGUUCGGAUUUCCUAGCUUAAAGUCUAGUGAUCCGAAAAUUAUAGGGAUCAAAACUUACCUUUUCGAAAAUUUCAGCCUGAAAAAAGGCUACCGAAAAUUCUAGGUGACCUUUUUCGGGUAAAAAUCCGUUAAAAAAGGGCAAUUAUACCAUUUUAUAGAUUUUUGGAAAUCGUAGGAGAGGCAGGCAAGCAAGAAAUUUUACAACAAAUGUUCCGAAAAUUCUAGAUCUCAAAUAGUUCUUCGAACAGAUAUUUUCAAAAAAUUGACGUUGGAUGCAACCUGAGUAAUUCGGCGCUUUAGAAAGGAAAAGAGAGCUGAGCCGAGUUACUUUCGCAAAGACUUCUGGGACUGUUACCUGGGACAGGGAAAAACAGUAGGCCAUUUGCACGAUGACGUCAUUUUACUACUACAACUACUACUACCAGAAUGCUGCAGUGUUUUGCUUUCUUGUGCAAAUUAGGGCUUUUGUUGUUUUAAACCUCGCUGGGAUUACCAAAUUUAAAUAUGAAAGGAAAAACGAAAUGGAUUUUGGUAGAAGUAGUAAAAUGACGCCAUCGUGCAAAUGGCGUUUUGGCCAAUAGCUGAUUGGUACGUCCCCAGUAAAGUUCGUACCAGAAACAAGAAACACGACCGCAAUGUCAACCUUGAUGUCCAAGAAAAGAGUUAAAGUUCGGGAGAAAUAAAACAGACAAACUUCAUCUUUGCAAGUGCAUCACAAUUUUGUUGCUUGUCUUGUCACUGCAUGACUACAACUUUAACCUGAGAUCAGGCCCAAUGUUAGCAGUUCUCAUACAUUCUCUCUAAGGGCUACCGCUAAAAAAUCUCUUUUCGUUUCGCCUUUCCCGCCGGAAUGUUAUUUACAAAGCGAAACGAAAAUUGGGCAUGAUCUCAGGUUACUAAAACUUGAACUUUUUUUGAAAUUUACCAAAACACAUGUCAUAAAUUUUACUGCCGCUAUUUGAUGUUGGAUGCUCUCCCCAACCAGCAAUUCAACCACAGGACAUUUGCUUUAGCUUCACAUGACAAUUUAAUGGGGCGCGAAUAAAAUCGCGAUACGACAGGUAAUCGUAGAAAAUGUGAAAAGGACUACAGAGUGCACUGAUUACUACAAAUUGCGCGAAUUUUACAGAGGUGACCUUCCUUAAAAUGGGCGCAGCGGAGUUGAUAACCUCUCUUUGUUAAGGUCCCAGCGGUGCCAGCCUUUAAGACGGUUGACUACUCUUUCCUUGUCAGUUUUUUUUAAUGUAUGUGGUAUAUCGCAUUCCAAACACUUAUCAAGGACAUUGAGAAAUGCAUUAUAAGCGUCUGGGACGUUAACGUUUUCUUUGCUUAAGCCCGCUUAUGUUUCCCGCUUGGAAACUUUUGCCAAUGAAGCAAGCUUGAGCGCUGUUCGAGAGAAGUCAACUUAUUUAAAAGUCCUAACUACACUGUUAUUGCAGACAAGCUCCAAGUGGAAGAUGUGGUGGACUUCAUUUCUGAGCCCAGUCGCACCGCGGUCACAGUACUAACGGAAGAGCAUCUAACAUCCGGGCAGUACACCAUUCAUGACGUCGUUCUUCCACUUCCUGGUUAUGAUGUUGUUUACCCUGACAACCACAUGAAAGAUCACUACAAAAAAAUCAUGGCUGAUGAUGGACUUGACAUCAGUAACAUGCGGCAUAAAGUGAAAGAUUAUUCUCUGUCUGGCGCUUAUCGGUAAGUCUACUUACGGAUCAAUUUUAAUUAGCUUUCUAGGAAACUACCCACCUACCCCUCCCCUAAGCCAUCAUUUUGUCCUAAGUGAGAGGUAAGUGUUAAUGUUACCUUAGGGGAGGGGUAGGUGGGCAGAUUCCCAGAAAACUAAAUUGAACCCUACUUACUACGGAACGGUUGAGUGUAGUCCUGAAUAGGACUAUUUUUGACAGUGACUGACAUUUCGACAUUCUGUGCGGUUUCACAGUUGCAUCACGUCAUUUGAUCUUAUUGGAACCAUGAUGAAAACCCUUCUUAUUCAUUCAAAUUAUUUCCGUUUCGGAUUGGCAUAAAUCCUUUGCCUUAUUGUUUAAAACCAGUUAGCGUUGAACAAAUUUGGAAGAUGUUUGGCGACCUUAAUACAAUCCACGCCAAUUGACCACUUCACCAUAACAUACCAUAAUACUGUUUGUUGGUCACUCCAAAAUUUUGCAUAUGCAUUGUUUGCAGUUUCUUUUGGAGCCAUUUGUAACUCUCAAGAGGAACUGAAGACAAUGCUUAUGCAAAAUUUUGGAGUGACCAACAAACAGUAUUAUGGUACGUUAUGGUGUUUUCUGGAGUGGUUAAUUGUACUGAAGUGAUGUCGACAGAAAUAGGGGCAGCAGAAGGCGCGGUAGGUCAGCUGUUUUUACCAGAGAUGAACAGGAUCUCACUGGUUCGCAAAAAUACCACUCAACAGUUAACAAUUGCUAUUUAAAGAAUUUCUGCUAGACUAAACAUCCCUUCAUAUCCUGAAAUUCCCGAGGAAUUGACCAAUGAUAUGAACACGGGAUCUUUAAGUAGAUCGAGGUAUUCACGCUUUUUUAAGUUGGAAAUAUUUUGAAUGAAUAACAACUGAAAUAAUGAUUGAAUUCGGCUUUUGAAUGAUACAUGUAGAGAAUUAGGCAGAUAUUGGAGGGUGUUAUCCCGACCGCCUCCUCGGUUUGCAUAAUUCUUCAUAUUAUAACUCAACCACGUCUAAUAAUUCAGUGCUGUAUAUGAGCACGCAUUUUCCCCACAUUGUUCUCCAUACAUUUCCAUUGGUGCAGUGAGGAGAAUUUGUUUCACAAUCAAAAACUCAUUUUACUCGAUUUUUCUUCAACCUUCAUGUUUGAUUAUAUUCGAUAACACCAACCCUUACCGGGGUGAAACAAGAAGUCGCCCUUUUUGAAUUCAAGUCAUUCUGAGGAAAAGUCAACUAAAUUCGAUUUUCGUUUCUGCUUUAGCCGAAUUUUUUGCCACAGUUGGAACGUGGGUUUUCCAAAAUCGUCAUUCAGUUGCUAACAACAAUUGUAAUGCAAAACAUAUUUAUUGUGUAUUCCCAAUCAUACUGUUCUUAAAGAAUGAUUCACAACUGAAUUUAGGUUGUUUCACAGGUCUGCAUCGGCUUUUACAAAUUUCUUUUCUUAUAUUUUUAUUUUUUGUUUCACUAAGGAAUCAAGUCAAUCGCAUUUCAGUAACAGAUAGGAUGAAUUAGGCUUGUCCUUUCGGUCAGCUUUCCCGCACAAUGCUCACUUCAAUGUACUUGAUGCCGACUUUUUCGUUGCUGGCAUCAGCGUAUAUUUCCAGAAAUAGGCCUUUUUGAGGAUUCAGUUUGUGUUGAAAAAUCAUCUCACUGCUGAAGCCGCCAUCGUGGGAAGUAAAACAGGUUCCCCACCGGUCAGACAGGCUUAGCUUGGUCUCGACCCUUCCCGGGUAGUAAGACUCGGCAGGCUUUGGCAAAGGCGAACCAUAACGACGAUCACUACCCAUUGUGUUACCGCUGCUUCCUUCAAGUGGAUCACAAGGAGACGCGUUUUUGUAAUUGUUCUUGUCGCGUAUAUGAACACCAACAAAAAACUGACCGUCGGAAAUCACGUACGAGGGAUCGCUUUCUCCCUGGCCGAUAUCAAUAUCAGUCCCGAUGACCAUUUUUAUAACAAGGUUUGCAUCCGCGUUUAGCGUUUGUGCUGGAAUGAGUGGUACUUGCAUGAGGCGAGCGUAAUUCACUGGUGCGCUCAGGAAGGUCAGUUUAGUGGCAGUCACGGUGUGUUGAUAGUAGAUAAAGCUUGCUGAUCUCACUAACUUCAUGGGUGUAAACAGCUGGUAGUAAGGGAUUUUUUCCUGGAACAAAAAGUACAAGUUUUAGUGCAAAUUGUAAUUACAAUGUAUUAUAAGUAUGCGCGGCAACCUUGUUGCGAUAGGGUGUAAGCGUUGUUGACUUAAGGGUGUUAGGCUUCAUUAACUGCGUUGAACACGUCUGUCGUUAAAACUCGUAUUAAAACUGUCCUUCUCGCAUCGGACAUUUUGGGUCGGCAAGUUUCAGCUGGAUUAACCAUGCUUGACGGCGAAAUGAUUGCUUGUUUGUGGUGCCCUUAUGUUGGGGGUACCCCCUUAUAUCGACUAUAUAGGUAUGUGCGGCGCCAAAGGGUAUGUUUUUUUAGCCGUUUUGGUCUGAAAUAGGGUAUCAAUUUCGACCAUUUUGGUCUGAAAUAUAGGGUAUGGUUUGUGAAUGCUUGUCUUGAAUUGGGUAUGUUUUUUAGAAGAAGCUACUUCUUCAUCAUUAGGCGAUAAGACCAUUUCCCUUGUAAUGUUUACGUCAACCGUUUACGUGCCGUGACGUUUUGUCACGCGCUCCGGUCACGCGUUAGGUCUGAAAUAGGGUAGGGAAAAUAACAGAUUUCGGUCUGAAAUAGGGUAAGGGUUUCAGAAAGCGUGCCGCACACCCCCACCGAAUUUUUCCUGAAGUAUCCCCCGUUAGGAUUCAGCUAAGGCGUAAGCGUGUGUCAGGGAAAUUGGAUAUAUUUUACGUGUGUUGCGUGGGCUUUUUCAGUGUGAUCAUGUAAAGGUCUUGGCCUUUGAUUGUAAGUUGCGAAACAUGCAGUUUGACAUGCAGAGAAACGGGUAUUUCUCAGUCCCCAAUGACUUUAUAAACGAAAAUUGAAAGGCUGUUUUCGGGAGUUUUAAAUUUCGCGAUUUUGUGAAAAAUAUUGUAAUGAACAAUAGAAAUAUUUACCGUUUAAUGUAACAUGUUUCUAACUCAUUGUUGGGUCUGAUGUGUAUACUGAAAAGUGCGGCGAAGAAAGGUAAUUUUCUUACCUAAAACUAAACCCAUCAAAUCUGCAACUAAUAGCAACUCUGAUAGUUUCAUUGUUUUACAUAAUAUCUUGAUAAUUUUCGCGAGAGUUGAUAACUUAACUACAUGUAGAUAAGAGCCUUGUAAAGAACUAUCCUUCGAGUACAGUACUCAAAAUAUAUCAAUGAGUAGACCAUAAAGGAAUUCCAUGCUAUAAUGUUGGGGGAACAUUUACAAUUAUCCAGGUUGUGAAAUGUAGAGUUAGAAUUUUCUUACCUUGGUCUCAGCUGAAGAAUGCUGCACUGAGAAUAGUGCAGCUAAGAAGAUCAACACUAACAUUAUAUGAAACAGAUUAUAGGGAACGAAUCGCUCUGGAAUGCGGUAGAGCAGAAAUAAAGGGGAAAAUUUAACCUGGAGUAUACUUAUAAUGACGACAGUGACGACUUCUUGUCUUUUGAUUGGAUAACUUUUACAUGAUUGACGGCUGAGUGAAAUCUCUUUCCCUCCCAGAGGGCGUUUAGUGGGGUAGAGUAUCGCGGCCCACGUACGAGCAUCAUCUUUACUCUUGUAUCACGUUAUUUAUGAUAUUCGUUUACCAAGUCGUCAUUGUGAAGAGCGUGUUUCCAAGUGCGUUUAUUUUUUAUCAUUUCCACCGUUGUCGUAAUUAGGGAAACCGUUAACGAACGCGCUACUUGGCGUUUGGACAGUUUAAAGUCUCCUAUUUUCCCGUAAAACCGUCGAAACCGAGUGCUUACAUAAUGGUUGGUCAUCUUGGUUUUAAAUGUACCGUGGAGGCAAGCGUACUAAGGGUUCUAUAGUAUCGGGAUAGAUAGCCACAGUGUGAUUUUGCGUCGACGAUGUACACCUCAAAGCCCUCCCCCCUCGGUACAAUGGAAACCCAGAUGGGCGAUCUUUAAAUGGACGAUUUUACCAACCUCGUCGCCAGGAUGCUGUCCUAUCCGUCCCCUGGGGACGACGUUGUCAUCUUACGUGAAAGUAGGGGAUUGUUUUAAGGAGGCAGCGUGGCCCAGUGGUUUGUGCGUCGGACUCGUUUCCGGCCGUCCCGGGUACGAGUCUCGCUCAGACCCCGUAUGUGGAAUUGUUAUGGGCCGUCCCGAAUUCAUAUCCUCAGCGACGUUUGUAAAUAGCGAACUGUUUGCUUCCAGCCGGUUGGAGUUUUUAAUCCUUCUCCCCAUGUGAGGGAAUCCAGAUUCCGCAAUCCUGGAAAUUUUUGCUUGUGGAAUCUGGAAUCCUGGGCCUUGGAAUCCGGAAUACAGCUGUAGGAAUCCGGAAUCCCAAUGACAGUUGGAAUCCAGAAUCCAAGUUCCACUGAAAAAGAUCUGGAAUCCAGUAACUGGAAUCCGGAAUACAUGGCGUGGAAUCCAGAAUCCAAGACUGUCUUGGAUUCCCUUAGAUUGCGGUUUUUAAUCCUUUUUUUGCUUUAUUUUUUUCUAUUACACGUAUUUGAUCGGAAUCCCUGCAAACUAGCUAGAAAGCUAAGUACACUUUGACCAGAAAGAAACCUUUAUCUUAGUAUCUGCUGUGAAUAGUUUAGCAGGCGCAUGGUUCCAUUUGUUUCUGUGGGCGUGGUGGGCAUAAAUUUAAAAGAUUCCUUCGGUAAAUUGGUCACCAUGGUUUCAUUUACUAGGCAAACACCACCCGUCUGUUGAGAAAUUGUUCGAGGGCGUCUUUAUCGUUAAAUUUUAAGCAAUAUCAAGGACGCUUCAUUGACGUCACGCAAAAUGGCAUAGCGAGCGCUCCCUAUAAUGUCUUCUUUCCUUCACUUUUGUGUGAACCAAAACAAUCGUAUUUCCGAUGGAGAUUAAAUAGUCCGAUAGAAACGAGAAAAAGUUACGCUGUUCAAACUUAACAUUUGAACUAAGUGAUCAGAUGGCUAUCUGACGAUUUGACUGCCAAUUUCCAAGUGUCGUUACCCAAAGCACCCUUGCAUGACUUUGUGCGCGCCGUCAGUGGUGUUUCGUCUCGUUUCAUCAUUCCUACUUUUUUAAUGAGCGUUUUUCAUUUUCCCUGCAGAAAACUGAUCGUCAAACCAAGUCUUAUGAGCUGGCGUUGGCUUCGUUACAAUGACGUGAAACAACCGCUGGCUCUGACAGAUAUGGACAGACUCAACGGUACCCAGGAACCACAGACAGUUGCAGACGGAAAGUACUGGGCACUUCAGAUGCAGUUUACAUUGCCCACAUCGACGUAUGCCACUAUGGCCUUACGUGAAGUUCUUAGAUGUGACACAUCGUCAGGUUACCAAGCCUCUCUCAACCAAGAGUAAGGCCUGGUCACCGAUGUAGUUGUUGCUGUUUUGAAAUUUCUUAGAAUUCAAGGAGACACUGUUGUAAUAUUCAGUUCUAAUUUAUUCUCGAUGGUGAGAAAAGUAGAUUAUAACAGACUUGUUAUUAAUCAAAAUUGUGGUGCAACGUUUGGCAAAGAAUGAAUUCAAGACGGCGAGCAGUUUUUGUUUUGUUUUUUCUUUAUCAGUUUUUAGCGUCUCAAAAAAAAAAAAUGGAAUAUCGUUAUCCAUUGACUGACUGUCUGGAGGACUUGUGACCUAAGUUUAGACCAGGAACUCUGUACGUUUCCCUAAAGCUUGAGCACAGAAAAGAUUUUACCAUUUCAAUGGAAUAAAGCCACUUCUUUUCUAGUCAGCUAAGUGGUCAGUUGUUUAGAGUUGUGGUAUAUGUUUGAUUUAAAGCAAUUUUGUUGCAUGUUGGUACAUACCAGUAAAGAGUUAAACAUGAUACUUUUACAGUUAAAAAAACGAGCAGAAGUGCAUUUUUAAACCUGAUAAUACACGACUGCAAGUUUUUUUGGACGGCU